UAAAACAUAAAAAAAUUUACCUUUUUAACCACUGUAAAAUGUAUAGGUCAGCACAUUGAGUACAUUCACAUUGUUGUGCAACUAUCAGCACCAGGCAUCUCUAGCAUGUUUUAAUCUUCCCAAAUUGAGACUUGGAUCCAUUAAACAAUAACUCCACCUUGUUUCCUUCUCCCCUGGCCCCUGGCAACCGUCACUCCAGUUUCUGUCUCUAGGAGUUUGACUGCUCUAGAUACCUCAUAUAAGUGGAAUCGUACAAUAUUUGUCCUUUUGUGACUGGCUUAUUUCACCAAACGUAAUGUCUUCAAGGUUCAUCCAUGAUGCAGCACGUGUCAGAAUUGCCUUCCUUUUUAAGACUAAAUAUUCCAGUCUUCUCUGCACUGGGAACAGCUCUCCUGCCACAGGCCCUCAUCCCCUAAAAAUGUCCGCCUGUGCAAAGUUCGUCUCCACCCCCUUCUUGGUCAGGAGCACCUCUUAGCUGUUGAGCUGAUCACUGUCUGCAAUGGCGCUAAAACCACCAGGAACACUGACAGAUGAGAACCUCAGCUGCCUGGCAGCCCCACGUCCCCUGACCUCACUUAUUUCCAGCCGCAGCUUCCAAACCAGUGCCAUUUCAAGGGACAUGCGCACAGCAGCCAAGUUCAUUGGGGCUGGGGCUGCCACGGUAGGGGUGGCUGGCUCUGGGGCUGGAAUUGGGACUGCGUUUGGGAGCCUCAUCAUUGGUUAUGCCCGGAAUCCCUCUCUGAAGCAACAGUUCUUCUCCUACGCCAUUCUGGGCUUUGCCCUCUCGGAAGCCAUGGGGCUCUUUUGCCUGAUGGUGGCCUUUCUCAUCCUCUUGGCUAUGUGAAGGAGCCGUCUCCACCUCCCAAAGGUCUUUCUCCCGUGUCUUGUCUGCCCUGUAUGUUCCUUUUCCUAUACCUCCCCAAGCAGCCUGGGGAAAGUGGCUGGCUCAGGGUUUGACAGAGGGAAGAUAAAUAAAUACUGUAUUAAUAAGAAAAGAAAGACUGAAUAUUUCAUUGUCUGUAUAUGCCAUAUUUUGUUUAUCCAUUCAUCCGUUGAUGGAUGCUUGGGUUAUUUACGCAUUCUGGCUCUUGUUGAUAAUGCUGCUAUGAAUAUUAGUGUACAAAUACCUGUAUGAGUUCCUGCCUUCCUGUCUUUUAAUUAUAUUUGAGGAACUGCUAUACUGUUUUCCACAGUGGCUGUACCAUUUCACAUUCUCACCAGCAGUGCACAAGUGUUCCUAUUUCUUCACAUCCUUACCAACAGUUGUUCUGUUUUUUAAAUAAUAACCAUCCUAGUGGGUGUGAAGUGGUAUCUCACUGUGGUUUUAAUUUGCAUUUCUCUGAUAGUUAAUGAUGUGGAGCAUUUUUUUUAAGUAGGCUCCACACUCAACUCUUGAACUCAUGACCCUGAGAUCAAAGAGAUGCAUGUUCUACCGACCUACCGAGCCAGCCGGGUGCCCGGAUGUUGAGCAGUUCUUCAUGUGCUUAUUGGCUCUUUCCUUUUUUAUAUCUUCUUUGGAGAAAUGUCCAUUUAGAUUCUUUGCCAAUUUUUUAAUUGGGUUGUCUUUUAUUUUUGAGUUGUAGGAGUACUUUAUAUAUUACAGAUUCAGGUCCCUUAU